UUGGUGUCGUCUCCCGCGCCUCUUCUAACGUGCGCGCCUCGCGGUCGCGGAAACAGCGGUUUUUAAUCUGUAGUGACAUUUAAUUUCCCGCCUUUUUUGAACGUCACUUAAAAAUGAUACGUUCCGCGGAGACGUGCGAAUGCCCAAUACGAGAGAUAGGUCCGGCAAUGGCGGACUCUUGCUCGGGACAUACUGUCUUACUGUUCAUGACUGUACUGGAAGCGUUCAUCAACGGCCGCUGUGACCUCGCCGAUCCUUGCAACCGUCUCGAUAACAAAGACAAUCCGGACGAUGAUUAUGACUUUGUUGUGAUCGGUGGCGGCACCGCAGGCUCAGUUGUCGCUGGUAGGCUCUCAGAAAACCCGCAAUGGAAGGUGUUGCUGUUAGAGGCGGGAGGUGAUGAGCCGCUGUCAUCAUCAGUGCCAGCCUGGGUGACGGCUUACUGGGGGCGUAAUGACACCGACUGGAUGUACUACACGGAGCCGCAGGAGAAAGCAUGUCUCGCAGAUGGGGGGAAGUGUUACUGGCCUAGAGGGAAAUUACUUGGUGGUUGUUCAACUAUAAAUGGGAUGAUGUACAUGCGAGGACAUGCAGCUGACUACGACGGGUGGGCGGUGAACGGCGCGUACGGCUGGUCCUGGCACGAAGUCUUCCCCUACUUUCUCAAGAGUGAAGACAACAAGGAGAUCGGUAGCGGAGUGUCUGGACAGUAUCAUAAUACCGGUGGACCGAUGCCGGUGCAGAGAUUCCGUCACGCUCCGCAGUUCGCUCACGACGUGGUGGCGGCCUCCAUAGAGCUCGGCUUCCCGCCGACUGGUGACCUCAACGGAGAGAGCACUACAGGAUUUACACUGGCACAGGCUUUUAAUGAGGGCGGGUCCAGAUACACAACAUCGCGUGGUUUCCUUCGCCCCGGGGCGCGUCGAGCGAAUCUAGACGUUGUGUUCAAUGCCUUAGGUUCUAAAGUCGUUGUGGAUCCUAACACUAAGAGAGUUACUGCUGUUGAAUAUAUAAAAAACGGGGUUACCAAGACUGUUAAAGUUAAUAAAGAGGCAAUACUUUCAGCGGGCACACUGAAUUCUCCUCAAAUCUUACUACUCUCUGGUAUCGGACCGAAGGAGACGUUGAAUAAAUUCAAUAUACCAAUAAUACAAGACCUGCCAGGUGUUGGACAGAACUUACAGAACCACGUCGGAGUUAAACUGGACUUUAGUUUGAUGAAGGAACCAGAACUGCCGGUUCUCGACUGGGCAGCUGCUAUGGAUUAUAUGCUGAAGAGAGAAGGACCCUUAUCUUCAACGGGGAUGUCUCAGUUGACAGGUAUGGUAAACUCAAAGUACGCGCCUGCAGGCGGCCGACAGCCUGACAUACAAUACUUCUUCGGCGGAUACUACGCGAGCUGUAGCGAUGGCAACACUAUAGAGCCCCCGCAGUACGCUGCUACGGAGCGCAGGAAUGUUAUGAUAGCAGCAAUAGCCCUGCAGCCCCGCAGUCGUGGGUACAUCACACUGCGGUCGACGGAUCCCACUGAGCCACCAAUCAUGCAGCCUAACUAUUUCUGUGAUGACCAUGAGAUGAACGUCCUUGUGGAAGCAGCCAAGAUCGCGUACCGACUUGCUAAUACUGCGAUAUUACGGGAGAAGUACGGUAUGGUACCGACCCCAGGAUACGGUGAUAAAUGUCCCGGUGGCGGACCCAAUCCCACCGACGAGUACUUGAGGUGCCUCGCGCAGUACCAUACGGCCCCUGAAAACCAUCAAGUUGGCACCUGCAAGAUGGGGCCCAGAUCAGACCCCAUGGCGGUUGUGGACCCACAGCUUAAAGUGCACGGGAUAGAAGGUCUUAGAGUAAUCGAUGCUGCAAUAAUGCCAACAAUACCAACCGGUAACACAGCAGCGCCGACAGUAAUGGUAGCGGAGCGCGGCGCUGAGUUCAUAAGGAGCCGACAUCAGAUGUACAAACAUAGACCGGUCAGCGGACUUGGCAAUAAAUUUGGUGACAACUCAGAGCAGGAUGAUGCUGACCACAAUAGAUGGCAUUUCACGAACGUCGCAAACAAAGAGCACAAAUGGGGCAACUGGAAGGAUAAAAACUGGAACUGGGACAACAGGCGGAACGAACAAAAUCCCAAUUGGAUCAGAAAUCCUAACACACCUAUAGCAGCGGCCAGCUAAUAAAAUUUUAGUACAAAUUAAAUAUAUAUUGUUAAGACCCUUUUUCCACUA